CUGAACCGUUGCAAUGAAAUGUUUCGCUGUGCAAACAAUGCUAUGUAGCUGGUUUUUGCGAAGUGUUUUUGCGGCAUAGCGGGUCUGAAAGAAAACGACAAAAGGAUCUACAAUUCAUCUUUGAAGCCUUUAUUCUUCCCAUUCCACGGAGCUGUUAGAGUCGGCAGUAACUUGGCUAGGUUUGAGUACUGGUUUACAGAAUGGCCCAGUUCAUGUUCGAGAACGACAUGCACAGCCUUCUGAAGCUGGACAUGCCAAUAACAAACGCACCUAUGGCGAGAUGGCAGCGGAAAGCCAGCUCGUCAGGGUCUGCUUCUGCCAAUACCAGCGCCCUUUCCCCGGGGAAAUCUGGCAAUCGAUCCCUCAGCAUAUCGAAGACGCCAAGUAAAACUCCAGGUAAAAAUGGAAAGGGCCAGUGUACGCCUUCCAAAGCGGGUGGGGACCGGUUUAUCCCCUGUAGAAACAACAAACAGAUGGAUGUCGCCAGUUUCCUUCUCUCAAAGGAGAAUGAACCUGUGGACCCCAAUGCAUCAUCGGAGAACCAGAAGGCCUGGUCUGUGAGCCUCAAUGGUUAUGAUAUUGAAGAAGCAAAGAUCUUGCAUUUGGGAGGAAAACCCUUGAAUGCCCCAGAGGGUUAUCAGAACAACCUGAAAGUUCUCUACAGCCAGGUUCCCACUCCUGUGUCGACCAAAAAGAGCCGAUACAUCUCCUCUGUGCCUGACCGGAUUCUAGAUGCUCCUGAUCUCAGAAAUGAUUUUUAUCUGAACCAGAUGGACUGGAGCAGUCAGAACCUCCUGGCUGUGGCUCUGUACAACAAUGUGUACCUGUGGAACGCAUCCCAAGCUGAUAUUACCCUGCUGACUACGCUGGAGAAGGAAGAGGACUACGUCUGCUCGGUUUCCUGGAUCAAAGAGGGCAAUUAUCUGGCCCUAGGUACAAGUGAUCACAAAGUACAGCUGUGGGACGUGGAAAGCCAGAAGCGCCUGCGUAACAUGGCCGGCCACAGCGCAAGAGUGUGCUCUCUCAGCUGGAACAAUCACAUACUGUCCAGUGGCUCCAGGUCUGGCCUCAUCCAUCACCAUGACGUCCGGGUGGCUGAGCACCAUAUCGCCACACUGACUGGGCAUUCCCAGGAAGUGUGUGGGCUCAGGUGGUCCCCCGACGGGAAGUACUUGGCCAGCGGGGGCAAUGACAAUCUUGUGUGCGUGUGGUCGGGCGUGCAACACAGUUUCCGUCAGACUGCCUUGCACAGGUUCAGUGAACACCAAGGAGCUGUCAAGGCCUUGGCCUGGUGCCCAUGGCAACCCAACAUCCUCGCGUCGGGUGGUGGGACGAGUGAUCGACACAUUCGCAUCUGGAAUGUCAACACUGGGUCCUGUAUCACCAGUCUGGACACUGCAUCUCAGAUUUCUUCAUUAGUUUUUGCGCCAAACUACAAGGAGCUAGUGUCCGGCCAUGGCUAUUCACAGGACAGUCUGGUUAUCUGGAAAUAUCCCUCGAUGACAAAAGUGGCUGAGCUUUCAGGACACGAGGGCAGAAUUCUGAACCUGGCGCUGAGUCCAGACGGCUCCUGUAUCGCCUCUAUAGCUGCGGACGAAACCGUUCGGCUAUGGCAAUGCUUUGAGCUGGAUGCUGCCAAAAAGAAGGCGAAGGAAAGGAUGACCAAAUCCCCCAGCAGCAUCAUCCACCAGGGAAUUCGAUAGCCGGACGGCCCGGCCGGGAUUUUUGUACACUAAUUUAUGUAUAGCCUUUUAAGUGCUGAUUUUAAAUGAAUUGAAUUGAAAUAAAGGAUUAUGUACCCACA